AUGACCUGUAUGUUUCACUUUUUAUUUUGAUCUACUAAUUAAUAAGCUCAAUUAUUUGCAGGUUUACAAAAUCCAAUAAUUUUUCAUGACUUCAAUUAUCCGAUUGACUAUUCAAUGAAUAAUUCGAAUCAGCGAUGGAAUUCGCUGAGUCCGGAGCCGCAUUCUGGAACCGAGUCGACUGCUUCAACACCUUUUGUCAAAUCAGAAUUUCCAUUUGAUGAUGAGUUAUUCGGAAUAGAUCAAAUCAAUAAACCACUUCAGUAUAAUCGAAGGUUCUCCAAAGGAUCUACUGAUCUCGUGAAAAAUGAGAUUGAGGAGAAUAUCUUGAACUUCAAUGUGACUUCUUCGGAAUAUCAUCAACAUCAAGAUGGUCCUCAAGAACAUCAGCAAAUUGACAUCUAUAGAGAUCUAAUUCUUCGCCAUCUUAUUCAAGAUAUCAGCACAACUUGUGCUAAACUCGGACUCCCAACUGAUCCUUAUAUUUGGACUGAAGAACAUGGAGCUAGAUGGAUAUCUGAAAUGUGUCAGCAAUUCAAUCUGAAACUCCCCAGACAUUAUUUCGCGUCUGGAAGAAUGUUGUUGGGUAUGAAUCAAAAAGAUUUCGAAUGUUUUUUGCCGGAAGGUGGAGAUACUUUGUAUGCGCAGUUGCAAGUUUGGAAAACUGCUUUUGAAUCGUAUCAUCCGCCGGCAACAUCGCAAAGUUCGACGACUAUGACUGCGGCGAUUAUUGGGGGAGGGGAGAAGCAAUGGGUGAGUUGCGAGAACUUGAGAAUUUGGAGUUUUCGGCUCAAGAAGCUUCUAGGAUGAACAUUUUUGGAAUUUUUGGUUCAGGAAGCGCUUUUGGGACGAUUUUUAAAUCCCGAAAGUUUAAGUUACAAUCCAGACUACUGUGAAAAAUGCUUCCAAAAUUGAUAUAUGAAGAAUUUCGCCAGAAUUUGAGAUACAGUAACCCUUGAAAUUUCUUCAAAAUCCAAUUUAUUUUAAGCUCAAAAAUUGGCACUAAAACUCUGAAUCUUAAGCUUUAGUGGAUCUUAAAUUGGUUAAAACCAUUUUAUUUUAAGCUCAAAAGUUGACACCAAAUUUUCUUAAUGUUGAACUACUGUAACUCUUAAAGUGACCCGAAAAUCCAUGCUACAGUAACCCUAGAAAUAGCGCCAUGGUCUUAUAUUUUUCCAGAUUUCCUCAUAGAUAAUUUCAGAAGUACUGUCCAAAAACCGUACUUUCAUAUAAAAAAAUACCGCAUUGUUUCCCUUACAUACAUAAUAAUCAAGAGUUAUUUUUAGGCCUCAAGUCAAACAAACAACAUGGCAGCAGCGACAGUAGCCGAUAUUCCUCCUCCAUUCAACGGUCAGUUUUUUUGCCUAUUCAUAGAGAAAAAGAGAAUUAGAGAAACAACGCAUAUGUACAUAGAAAUGGAUCUAUUUUUAGGUGCCGGAAGUCGAUUCAGUCAUCAUCAUCAAGCCUCGUUUUUUCCUGGAAAUACCGUACUACCGUCGCCGAGUAAUAGUGAUACGAGUAGUAAUGGAAGUCAUGAUAGUGAGUUUGCAGAACACAAGGGAUUUUAAAGGGACAUGCUUCAAAACACUGUGAUUUUCUGUCGCAAUAUUUGUUUUUCUGUAAGUUUCAGAAGGCUUCAGAAGGUUUAUAAGCUCUCUAAACUCUCUAUACUUCUUAGGUUUGUGCAAAAAAAAAAAUACAGUAAUAAAGAGCAAAAGCCAAGUUUCUUAUCAAAUACAUCACAGACCACAAGUUUCUCAUUAUCUUUCUUUUCCAAAAAAAAAAUCAAACAACCUCUUCUCACAAAAAAAAACAAAACCAAAAGUGCAUAAUUUCUAGUCAACGACGAUGACGUAUGCGGAUUAUCAUCCUACUUCCAACAUCCCAAUUUCUCCUCCUCAUCCUCUCCACCUUGCACCAAUUCUUCGGAAGUUGAUGAUGAUGAUCGAGUCUAUUCGCGACAUCAAGGAACUGUUCAUCUUUGGCAAUUUAUUCGCGAACUUUUGGAUCAACCAAAACAAUAUAGUGCUUGUGUGAGAUGGGUUGAUCGGAAUGAAGGCACUUUUAAAAUUGAAUCUUCGCUGUUGUUGGCUAGAUAUUGGGGACAGCGGAAGAAUCGCUCGCAGAUGAAUUAUGAUAAACUUUCGAGAAGUUUGAGACAGUAUUACAAGAAAGGUACUUACCCUUAAGCUUCUUGAGGCUUCCCAAGGAUUCCUCAAUUCCAAUUUUUUUCAGGAAUCAUCCAAAAACCCGAGAAAAAACAGCGACUAGUCUACAAAUUCCUGCCACCUUACAACAUGUGA